AUGUGCGAGAAGACAUCCAUGGGAAUGGGUAAGCCCCUUCCACCACCACUGCCAGAUGUCGAGGAGUACACCGUCGAAUAUGAGGGCGAGGAUGACCCCGACCAUCCUUUCAACUGGAGCCGCUCCACCAAGCUCUUUACCUCUUUCCUCGUGUGCGCCGGCACGUUCAUCGUCUCCUUCAGCAGCGCCGUCUUCGCGCCCGCCAUCCCCAGCGCCAGCAGAGACCUGGACACAUCCACCGAGGUAGCCACGCUGGGCACAACCCUCUUCGUGCUCGGGUUCGCGGCCGGCCCUCUGCUCUGGGCGCCCGGGUCCGAGCUCCACGGCCGCAGGUGGCCGCUGGCGGCGGCGCUCGUCCUGGGCGGGAUCCUCAGCAUCGCCGCGGCCUCGGCCACCAACAUGCAGACGCUGCUGGUGUGCCGCUUCUUCGCGGGCGCGUGCGGGGCGAGCCAGCUCACGGUGGUGCCGGGGGUGCUGGCCGACCUGUACGACAACGCGCACCGCGGCGUGGCGGUGCAGCUGUACGCGCUGACCGUGUUCGGGGGCCCGUUCCUCGCGGCGCCGGUGGGCGGGUUCAUUGUGGCGGCGGCGGGCGGCUCGGGGCAGGCAGCGUUGUGGCGGUGGACGUUGUAUGUGCCGGGGAUCCUGAGCCUGGUGGACGGUGUGGCGUCGGUUUUCUUCCUGCGCGAGACGUAUGCGCCGGUGCUGCUUGCUGGCAAGGCUGUGGCGCUGCGCAGGCGGACGGGCAUCUGGGGGAUUCAUGCGCGGCAUGAGAGGGUCGAGGUGGACGCGGCGGUGUUGGCCGAGACGUACCUGGCGCAGCCGCUGCGGAUGCUGGCGAGCGAGCCUAUUGUGCUGCUUGUGUCGCUGUACAUGUCGUUUAUCUAUGGGCUGGUGUAUUGUCUUCUGGAGGCGUACCCGGUCGUCUUUGAGUCGACGUAUGGUAUGGAGCCUGGGAUCAGCGGACUGCCUUUUCUCGCCGUCUUGCUAGGGGUGGUUCUGGGCGUGUGCUACAUCCUGUCGCAUCUUGGAUCGUAUAGGCGGAAGCUGGCAGAGAAUAAGAACGUGCCUGUGCCCGAGUGGCGGCUCAGGCCAACUCUCCUUGGAGGGCCCGUGUUUGCGGUCGGCAUCUUCUGGUUUGGCUGGACUGGGUUCACGGCCAAGAUCCACUGGGCAGUGCCGACCAUCGCGGGGGUCUUCAUCGGCUUCGGGGUACUGUGCGUUUUCCUCCCGUGCUUCAACUACCUCAUCGAUGCGUACCUACCAUUGGCUGCCUCCACAGUUGCUGCCAACAUCAUCCUGCGCUCGACCGUGGCGGCUGCAUUCCCGCUCUUCUCGAAGCAGAUGUUUGAGGGCAUGGGCGUGCAGUGGGCGGGGACCCUGCUGGGUUGUCUGGCUGCGGCCAUGAUUCCUAUUCCGUAUCUUUUCAGAGUGUAUGGAGCGAGGGUGCGGGGGAAAAGUCGUCUUUUGCAGAGUAUGUAG